AUGCGUCGCUCGCUUGUUUCUCUGUGUUGUGUGCUUGGCUUAGCUGAUAUAGCCAUCUCACAAUCUACUACCACGCAACAAUCUACCGCCAAUGCAGAGGCUGCUUUCAAGCAGUUGCAAACAUGGUACAACGCCACUUCUGGACUCUGGACCACAACAGGAUGGUGGAAUUCGGCCAAUUGCUUAACUGUCAUUGGUGAUCUCGCUGCCGUCGAUUCAAAUGUCAAGUCAGCCGUCACCCGUGUUAUGUCAAACACCUUUAUUCAAGCUCAAAAAUCAAACCUACAAAUGAUGAAAGUCGUAUUAACAGACUAUAAUUACUUAUCAAUGUAUGGAGAUUCUACUGGUGACAUGAAAAGCCUUGCUCUGGCAAGUGAAUUCCCAGUACAUCUAGCAACGAUUGUGAAUCCUUCGGGCUUCUUGAAUGAUUACUACGACGAUGAGGGGUGGUGGGCAUUAGGUUGGAUUCAAGCGUACGAUAUUACAGGAAACGGCGACUAUCUGACUACGGCCGCGGACAUUUUUGCCGACAUGAAAAAUGGUGCAACCACACCCUGCUCAACUGGCGCUGCGGGAAUUUGGUGGGACAAACCAAAUACAUAUGUAAACGCCAUUGCGAAUGAACUAUAUUUGAGCGUGGCUGCUCAUCUUGCUAACCGCGCAACGGGAUACGAUAGUUCGAAUUAUUUGACCCUCGCCAAAAAUCAAUGGACUUGGUUUCAAGGGACGGGAAUGAUCAAUGCACAAGGAACAAUCAACGAUGGCUUGACGAGUUCAUGCCAGAACAACGGAGGAACCGUUUGGAGUUACAAUCAAGGCGUUGUUCUUGGAGGACUCGUCGAACUUUCCAAGGCAACGGGUGACUCUAGUUAUCUUGGUACCGCGAAAAGCAUUGCAACAGCGGCAAUAGCAGCACUUUCAGACUCAAACGGAAUCCUUCAUGACGCAUGCGAACCAGAUUGCGGAGCAGAUGGUGCACAAUUUAAAGGAAUCUUCAUGAGAAAUCUCCAGAAACUUCACCUAGCAUCACCUGAUUCCAGUUACCUCACAUUUAUUGCAAAUAAUGCAAAGAGCAUAUGGGCAAACGAUAGAAAUACAAAGGAUAACAUCUUGGGUGUUAAUUGGGCAGGACCGUUCAUCGCACCGGGUGAUGCAAGCACGCAGAGCUCAGCGCUGGAUGCUCUUGUAGCGGCGGUUGCGGUGGGUGGUGGAGGGAUUGCGAAGGCAAGGAGAUGGGUUGCUUAA